AUGCACAUUAAGGUCCUCGAAGAACUUCUCAAUGGGAUUCUUGGCGGACGGGGAGGGAGAUGGCUGGCUGGUGGGAGGGGAUGGAUUUGGAGACUGAGACGUAUUGCCCAUUCCAGCACGCCCUGCCGUUGCCGGCCGCGCUCUGUAACCGCCGCCGGAGAUUGGGGGUGGGACGGGAGUGGCAGUGGUUGGGGGCUUAGUGUCUGGAAGGAGUUGGUAUUUGGUAUACUCGUAGAUUGGAGUAAAAUAUGUUUGGAAUGCCUGCGAGAAUUGCUUUACAUCGGGGUAUCUAAACGGAUCAAUAUAUGUUUCAAGGUGACCGCUCAGGGUAUUCAAAAAGCCUUUGAGGCCGUUGGUCGUAUCACUGAAAAUGAUGUUUGCGAUCUUUUUGGCUUGGCGUUCGACCAGUUUGUGCAGCGCGGAGAGGUCGGCGAGUUUUUGGUUGGUGAAGAGGGAGCGGACAUCGUUGAUUACGCAUUGGAAAGCGCCUCUGGUGGCGUCCAUAAGAUUUUCUUUGAGUGCGUUGAUUGA